AUGGUUACUGUGCUGCCAGCACUGUCCCUGCUGGCUGUGUCCCUUCUGCCACACGCGGCUGCCACGCUGCGGAUUGGCGCCUUCAACAUCCAGUCAUUCGGGGACAGCAAGAUGUCGGACCAGACAGUUGCAGACAUCAUCGUCAAUAUCCUCAGUCGCUAUGACAUUGCCCUGGUGCAGGAGGUGCGGGACUCGGACCUCAGUGCUGUCACUGAGCUCAUGGAGCAGCUAAAUAGUGUGUCCUCGUCCCAAUACGCCUAUGAGAUCAGCGACCCUCUGGGGCGAGAGAGCUACAAGGAGAUGUACCUCUUCAUCUACAGGAUGGAGGCUGUGUCUGUGUUGGACACCUACCAGUACAAGGACCACCAGGAUGCCUUCAGCCGGGAGCCGUUCAUCCUGAGAGUGUCAUCGCCCCAUACGAAGGCAGGAGAGUUUGUGCUGGUGCCGCUGCACUCGGCGCCACACGCUGCCGUGGCCGAGAUCGACGCGCUCUAUGACGUCUACCUGGCCAUCGUCAACAAAUGGGACACUGAUAACAUCAUGUUCCUGGGGGACUUCAACGCCGACUGCUCCUACGUAAGGCCUGAGGAUUGGUCCUCCAUCCGCCUGCGCACCAGCGAUGUCUUCAAGUGGCUGCUCCCCGACAGUGCUGACACGACCGUGGGGAAGUCGGACUGUGCCUAUGACAGGAUCGUGGUGUGCGGCGCUAAGCUGAAGAGAAGCGUCGUGCCCAACUCGGCCACUGUUUACAACUUCCAGCGCGCUUUCCAGCUGGAGCAGGAGGAGGCCCUGGCAGUCAGCGACCAUUUCCCAGUCGAAGUGAAGCUGGCGGCCUGA